GAUCAAUGCUGUGCAGGUGUAGGUACAAUAGUAAUUAUUUUAUUUUGAUUAGAAUUCCAUUAACAGCAUGCUUAGUUAGAAUUUGCCAGUAUGAGCUGUGGUGAUUCCGUGCCCCGAAAAAUUAAUAUUCGAAUAUUGUUUUUUGCAAAAUCACGUGAAUUAUCUGGAGUAAGUGAGGCUUCGUUUUGCUUGGAUACAGAUAACAUUUCUUCGCUUGAAUUGUUGAACACAAUUAGCCGACUAUAUAAUUUGGAAUCAAUUAAAUCCACCAUUGUGUUGGCCAUAAACCAAAUAUAUUGUGACACUGAGUCUGGAGAGCAAUUAAAUUUGAAGGAGGGCGAUGAAAUUGCCAUUAUUCCUCCUUUAAGCGGCGGCUAA